GUCAGAUCAUUACAAAAUGGGAUUCGACUGUUUCAAAAUGUGUUUUAGACUGUUUGGCUACUUUCAAUUCUACACAUAUAUUCUCACUACCUGGCUGUUUGUGUCUACAAAUCAGUAAUUUCUGUCUCUCCCCUACUUCUUUAGUCACUUUCCUCUACUGCCCCUCCUCAUUCGGCAGAAUUGCUGACGUUCUUCUCUCCAAAACCUUGCGCAAAGAGGGUAUACUUUGUUUCACUACUUGAAGAAUCAACGUAUUCGGAUGCAUGUCACGGGGAUUACAUUUAUAACACAGAAAUGACUUGUAGGGGGAGUGUCAAAUCUGGACUACAAUUGUACAACAACGGGUUUUGACAGCUGAGCUCUGUUGGAAAUGCCACUGCGCCCUCUCUGAUGUGAGGAUGAGGACCUACACCCGAGGGGCCCCCACAGUGUUCUUCAUAAGUCUACUGUGGCCCCUGGUGGCCCCGGUGGUGGGGGUGGCGGAGGAGACGAUAGACCCCAGUGGAGGGAUACCCUUCAUGGGAGGGAACUACGAUGGACACCCCAUGCUGUACUUCGGCCAGGGCGAGGUGGAGGAGUUGCAGUCGGCGGCGGCUGGGACACACCGGGAGAUGGCCGCGAGGAUCCGCGAGGCGGGGGAGGCCAUGCUGGAGCACCCUGAGGAGUACCUGCCCCCCUGGAGCCCGGCCGAGUUCAGCGCCCGCUGGAACGAGGUGUAUGGAAACAACCUGGGAGUGUUGUCUAUGUUCUGUCUGCUCUACCCACACAGGGCCGGGGCCCUCAACCUGGCCAAGGAUUACAUGGAGAGGAUGGCAGCUCAGCCUAGUUGGUUGGUAAAGGAUGCUCCCUGGGAUGAGGUUCCUCUAGCCCACUCUCUGGUUGGCUUCGCCACAGCGUAUGAUUUCCUGUAUGAGUACCUGAGCAAGGUGCAGCAGGAGCGCUUCCUGCAGGUGAUCGGCAACGCUACACGCUACAUGUAUGAGAAGUCCUACAUCCGCGGCUGGGGCUUCCAGUACCUGCACAACCACCAGCCCACCAACUGUGUGGCUCUCCUCACCGGCAGCCUGGUUUACAUGACCCAGGGUUACCUGCAGGAGGCCUACCUGUGGACCAAGCAGGUCCUGGCCAUCAUGGAGAAGUCUAUGGUGCUGCUGCAGGACGUGACGGACGGCUCACUGUAUGAGGGCGUGGCCUACGGGACGUACACCACCCGCUCUCUUUUCCAGUACAUGUUCCUGGUGCAGAGACACUUCUCCAUCAGCCACUUCGACCACCCCUGGCUCCACAAACACUUUGCCUUCAUGUACAGGACCAUCCUGCCAGGGUUCCAGAGGACUGUAGCCAUAGCAGAUUCCAACUACAACUGGUUCUACGGGCCCGAGAGCCAGCUGGUGUUCCUGGAUCGCUAUGUGAUGAGGAACGGCAGUGGAAACUGGCUGGCUGAGCGGAUCCAUCAAAACCGGGUGUUGGAGGGGCCAGGACAGGCCGGGAAGGGACAGAGAUGGUGCACACUGCACACAGAGUUCAUCUGGUAUGAUCCCAGCCUGACUCCCAGGGCUCCAUCAGACUUUGGUACAUCCCAACUCCACUACUUUGAGGACUGGGGGGUCGUCACUUAUGGAAGUUCUCUACCCGCAGACACCAACCACACCUUCCUCUCCUUUAAGUCGGGGAAGCUGGGUGGUCGGGCCAUAUUUGACAUCGUUCACAGGAACAAGUACAAAGACUGGAUCAAAGGUUGGCGGAACUUUAACGCUGGCCACGAGCACCCUGACCAGAACAGCUUUACGUUCGCCCCUAACGGUGUUCCUUUUAUCACGGAGGCUCUGUACGGGCCCAAGUACACCUUCCUCAACAACGCAGUGCUGUUCUCCCCGGCUACCUCGGGAAGCUGCUUCAAGCCAUGGGACGGCCAGGUCACAGAGGCCUGCGACUCCAAGUGGCUGAAGUACAAGGUGGGGCUGCCGGCGGACGCCCAGGGCAGGGUGGAGGCGGCUCUGGAAAGGCAGGGCAUGGUGUUCAUCCGUGGGGAGGGCCAGUCGGCCUACAACCCUGACCUGAAGAUCAGGAGCUUCCAGAGGAACCUGCUGCUCCUGCACCCCCAGUUGCUGGUCCUGGUUGAUCAUAUCCAUCUGGAGACAGACAGCCCAACCAGGGCCAUGAGUGCCUUCUUCCACAACACGGACCUGCCCUUUAAGGACACCAAAAUAGACGGUGUGCACGGAGCCUUUGUCAGACAUGGGGAAGACCCAUAUCAAAUGUUUUGGAUGGAUGACACAGGCUUCAGUGAGAAAGGGGUCUUGGGGUACUGGAACUAUCCCCGUGGUUACCCCUAUAACGGCUCUAACUAUGUGAAUGUGACAAUGCCUCUGAGGUAUCCCCAUACCAGGGUGGCCUACAUCUUCUUUGGGCCAGGGGUGGACGUUCAGAGCUUUAGUCUGCGUGGCGAUGCUAACAGGGUGGACAUUUACCUGGCCACCAACGAGCACACCUACACUAUCUACCUGCUGACCGGAGAGGUGGCCACCAAGCCUCUGUUCGCCAUGGUGCUGGUGGACCAGAAGAAAAUAGUAUUUGAGAAAGCAGCAGGAGUGAAGAACAGCACGCCGGAGGAGGUAGAGGAGUAUGUCAAUGUAGUAGAGGACAACCUCCAGCACGCCAAGCCUGUUUUCCAGCAGCUGGAGAGACACAUCCUGGGCCGGGUGCUCAACACGGCCAGCUUCCGCAAGACGGCCGAGCGCCUCCUCCAGUUCUCCGACAAGAAGAAGACGGAGGCCAUUGAGAAAAUGUUUGCUCUGACUAAAAAACAGGGCAAGGGCAAGGGGGCCAUUAAAGCCUUGGGGAACCUUGGGGACAAGCUCUCAGAGAGCCUGCCGGACAUCUUUGGACAGAUCGAGGUAAAGGAGAAGAAGGAGAGAUCGAAGACAACAAAGAGGAUUAUUGAGGAGAGCCCCGAGGAAGACGGCGACUCCAGGGCCUUUAUGGAUUAUGGAGACUCCAAAAAAGGCCGGAAGGGAGGCUUCGUGAAGGGUCGCAAGUUCAAGGAGGUCCACGUGUUGGCGACGGCCAACAGUGACAGUCUGUCGAACUCAUCCUCUUAUAUCAGACUAUUCCUCAUCUUAAACAUAGCCACCUUCUUCCUGCUUCUGUCUGUGUUAUUGACACGCUUCCAGAGAGGCAGAAGUCUACACACCCAGAGGUGUUUCUAUGGCAUCCUGCUCAUCGACAGCUUCAUCUUACUCUGCCUCUACUCCUCCUGCUCUCAUGCACAGUGUUGACAUGAUCACUGUGCGGCGAGGGGAAUAGUCCAUGUGCAGACCGAUUGAACCGUUUGCCAUGGGUGAAUCAAAUGCACCAUACGCCUCAGUCUGAGCCAAGUCUACCUGAUGAGUGUCCAGGAAAGAAUUAAUUCCAAAUAGGAAUUGAUAGAUUUAGUAACAAAAUGAAGCCAGACCACCUUUGAGAUCCUAAGCUUCUGUGGAGCUUUAGAAUGGAGUCUGUGUGAACUUUUUAAUGUAGCAUUUAGAGUGGAACAUGUUGCUUUAUAUCAAAGAUUGCUAGCCACUAAAAUGCAGAUAUAUCUGCCUCUCUCUGUGGACAUGAUAGAAAGAAUGUACAUAUGUUCAAACAAGAUAUAUUUUUGUGGUAUUAUUUCUACUCUUUGUAAUGAGAAAAGAACAAUAUGCAUAGAUGUGCAAAUGUGAUUUUUUUUCAUUGUGUAUUUGCUUUUGCCUGAUGAAUGUGGGGACUUUGCAGAUAAAAAGCUAUAGAAAUAUGUUACCUCAGUCGGUGGUCCUCUCUGUGUCCAUAACUGCAGUAUAAUACCAUUGCAUUUAACCUAAUUGGCUUACCCGCAUAACCGAUCACAUUGUCACCCCCACCACCCCAAUUUAAGUCUUGUGAUAUUGUUCUUAAGCUGUCAGGGUCCAUGUAAUUCCAUUUAGAGUAAUACACUUGGGAAAGCACAUUUUACUCUCCAACUGUAACAGAUUUGCUUUCAUGCUCUCACCUGUAUGACUACUUGCAGUAUGUUGGUGAAGCCCAUUCACUUAUAUGCUAGCAUAGAUUCAUCUUAUUGUCCAUCACCAAACCCACCUAAUAUAAUUACACAUCCUGCUCCUCCUCUUGAUGUUAUGAUGUGGAAUCGUUGGGAACCAAUGUUUUUUGUUGUUACUGACUCUUAACUAAUGGAUCUACAGGCGGCACUACAGGGAUGAGGACCUUUGACCUUUGUGUUACUUUGGUUGGGAGGAAACAACUACUAUGCUAGUCAUGGAUAUGUGAGGAAAGGGAGAACUCAAAUGCUAGGAGAGGGGUCGAUUUUUGGUGGGCAUUGGUGGAAGAGAUUUGGGGGGGAAAUACUGUAUGUAAAUAGCCUUGUACCUGUAUUGGCAUAUCUGUCGUCAAAUGAGUGUAUGAUAAAGUUAUCCUCCGAUCAGGAGGUUGGUUGUAUCAAUAUUUACUCACUCCUGCUCAGUCACACAGAUAAUAAGGAGAGACAUGCUAACAAGUCUUCACUUCCUCUGGUGUGUUUUGAACAUGUGAGGGUGGGCACUGUCUCUCUUUCUGUAAAUUCCCAGGUGUGUCUACUGAAAAUGUGUACGCCAACAUUACAGUUUAGAUUCUAGAUUCUAGACACAUGACUCCUCUGCCUGCAGGGGGAGGAGCUACAACACAACACACCGCUAGUUGAAUUAAAUUUGAUUAGGUGGGUGGGGAGCUCAAUCCACUAUACCACUACAGCCUAAGUCUGCUGUAUCUUGCUAAUGAAUUUACCUAAACUAUGAGUCAUGGAAGCCCUAGUCUCUUGUGACAGUGCAGAGAUUUAGUUCUGGGUGCCGAGAUUAUGAAAGCCCUCAUGACAAUCAGGUAGCAUCUUUUGGUCAGGGCUGGCUAGCAACAAUCAGAAUUCAUUGUUUUGUCAUCUCAUUAAAAAAUGAAUUUUCACUGCCUUUUAUCAUUGUCAUGUCAUUCAAUAAAGAGUUUUAUGCAAAAUCAAA